AUGCCUUCGCAGGGUGAUGAUGGUGCUGAAUAUGAUAAUGAAUGGGCUGUUCAAGUGAUUGGCGGUGAGGUCGAGGCCAGAAAAAUUGCACGAUCACUUGGAUACACCUAUGCUGGACCGGUUCGUGGUUUCGAUGACACAUAUGUGUUUCAAGCAAAGGAUCGAAGGCGAACUAAGCGAUCUGCCGAAAAACUGACGAGUAAACUUCGCAGUAACCACCGUGUACGGCGAACUGCUGCACAAACGAUCGUGAAACCUCGGUUAUAUCACAUGGGCUGUAUGCAACUUGGAGGUCGAAUCGAGGCGAGAAAAUUCAUGGUUUUAUGGGCUGAGCAACAACGCAUUAAGAAACGAUUGAAGCGAACCAGCAAAUCUGACCAUCUUUUCAACGAUCCACUUUGGCCAGCACAAUGGCAAUUGCAUGAUUCUCGAAACAAAAGUGGCGAUAUGAAAACUGACAUGAACGUUAUCGGCGCAUGGAAACUCGGCUAUACAGGAAAAGGAGUUGUUGUCACGAUUUUGGAUCCGAAAGCAUCUUACGACUUGAAUGACGAUGAUCCAGAUCCAAUGCCGACUUUCGAUGAUCUUAACAAGCAUGGAACCAGGUGUGCUGGUGAAAUAGUGAUGGCACCGAAUAAUUCGUUUUGUGGUGUUGGAGUUGCUUACGGUGCUUCAAUUGGAGGCGUUCGCAUGCUGGACGGCAAAAUAACGGAUCGCGUUGAGGGAGAAGCGUUGAGUUUCAAUCAUGAUCACAUUGAUAUCUAUUCGGCCAGCUGGGGACCUAACGAUGAUGGUAAAACGGUUGAAGGACCAGGCCGACUAGCUCAGGCAGCCAUUCUUAAAGGUAUUCGUCAGGGACGAAAAGGUAAAGGUGCCAUUUAUGUGUGGGCUUCUGGAAAUGGUGGUUUAAAAGAUGACGAUUGCGACUGUGAUGGUUAUACGGAUAGCGUAUUUACGUUUUCGGUUUCAAGCGCUGCCGAGGACGGUUCAUUUCCGUGGUACGGUGAGAAAUGUGCCUCUACACUGACAAGCACCUAUUCAACUGGUACGAAUAAUAGACGCAUGAUUAUGACAACCGAUAUUGGUAACAAAUGCGCUCGUGAUCAUUCAGGAACGUCAGCAUCCGCACCAAUGGCCGCUGGCAUCAUAGCGUUGGCUCUUGAAGCAAACCCAUCGUUAACUUGGCGUGACGUGCAGCAUAUUGCCGUUUGGACUGCGGAACCGGCUCCAUUGCUUCAUAAUAACGAUGGUUCAAUAAGUGAUACGAAUGGAGCGAUUAUAAACUUUCGUACUGACGGAUGUGAGGGUCAAACGAAUGAGAUCAAUUAUCUUGAACAUCUUCAGUUGGUACUGGAUAUCGCUUAUCCAGUUCGAGGGCAUUUAUCAAUUUAUUUGGUCUCGCCACAAGGUACAGUAACUCAACUUCUCAAAGUGAGGCGUGAGGAUAAAUCUCCAAAUGGUUUUCGGCAUUGGCCGUUCAUGUCUGUACAUACGUGGGGUGAAAACCCGAAAGGUUUGUGGCAAUUGGAGGUCUAUGACAAGAGUGGACGUAUAACCGGUAUCAACGGUCUUAUCAACAACAUAACACUAAUAAUUUAUGGCACUAUCGAUAAACCAGCACAUUAUAAAAAACCCAGAAAAUAUGAUAUGCACUACAAUGAAGUGACUGACCAUCGAAGGAGCAUCGAUGUGCAUUUUUGCAUUCUUCUGUUUCAAGAAAACACAAAUUUAUGGUUAGGCCGAGUGAAACGGAUGAUAAAAGAGAAAGAACUGUUGCUGGAACAUCCAGAACGAGUGGAUAAUGCACUUCGAUUUCUUGAUGCCUUGAAUCAACGCCACAAACGCAAUACUACAAUACAAGCGCACUAUAUUUCUACAUUCAUAUCACGAUGA